GGGGGUGGCGGACGUCCGGAACCCGGACGCUUAUCCAGUCCGGCAUUCCGGCGUCUGCUAUUGUCUGUCAAACUCGACGCAAAAGGAACAUAUAUUUGAGUGUGCGAGCGGCUGUCAUUUUCUGACAGACCGUACCGGUCUAUCUUUUAGUUGAUUAGCGCAAAAUUAACCAACAUGCGGGAAGUCCUUUUAUCCACCAUUGUGGUAGUUUGUCUAUUACAAUCUGUGGCUUCCGUGAGAUUUUUCUCCAAAGGGCGACAACAUGGAGGAAAUAUUCAACUCUGGACGAAGUCUGAAAUGCCUGAAGAUAUCUUACCUCCUGAACAAUGGUUCAAUCAGCAGCUGGAUCACUUUGAUCCCACCAACCAACAAACUUGGAAUCAGAGAUACUUCACAAAUAGUACAUUCUACAAGACUGGUGGACCUGUAUUUCUUAUGAUCGGUGGAGAGGGGGAAGCAAGUGCCAAGUGGAUGCUGGAAGGUCAGUGGAUUGAAGACGCGCAAUACUUCAAUGCCCUUUGUUUCCAAUUAGAACACCGCUACUAUGGAAAAAGCAAACCAACCCAAGACACAAGCACAGAAAACUUGGUUUACCUGAGUAGUGAACAAGCUCUUGCUGACCUUGCUUACUUCAUUGAAGCCAUGAACCAGGAGCAUAAAUUGCCUGCUGGCACAAAGUGGAUAGUACAUGGAGGUUCCUACCCUGGUGCUUUAGCUGCUUGGAUGCGCAUGCGAUACCCCCAUCUUGUUCAUGGAGCAAUGUCGGCAAGUGGUCCUUUACUGGCCAAACUAGAUUUCAAAGAAUAUUUUACUGUAGUUAAAGAUGCUCUGUCAGAAUACAAUCCGAGAUGUGUCAAAUCAGUCCAAGAAGCAUUUCAACAAGUUGAAAUAUUACUAAAGCACAUGAUUGGCCAGCAAUCAUUAAAUAAGCUGUUUAGGUUAUGUGACAAGAUCAAUGUUUCUAAUGGUGAUGAUGUGGCUAGUCUCUUUGAAAAUCUUGCCAGCAAUUUUGCUGGUGUUGUCCAAUACAAUAAGGACAACCGUCCAAGGUCUCCCACCAAUAACAUCACUAUUGAUGUGGUUUGUGAUGUAAUGAUGGAUCAGCAGAAAGGUGUCCCUGUUCAUCGCCUUGCACUGGUUAAUGAUAUGCUGCUUUCAGCAAGCAAUCAAACAUGCUUGGAUUAUACCUAUGAAAAGACGGUUCAGCAGCUGAGUAACACAUCUUGGGAUAGUGUUAUGGCAGAGGGAGGGCGCCAAUGGACUUAUCAAACUUGUGUUGAAUUUGGAUUCUUCCAAACUUCUUCUAUGACCCAAGAUUUAUUCUCAGAUAAGUUCCCAGUUGAUUUCUUUACACGGCAGUGCACAGAUAUCUUUGGCUCUAAGUUUACGAAGGAACUCAUGGAAAAGGGAAUACAACGAACUAAUACCUUGUACGGAGAUCUUCACAUCCAAGCAAACCGCAUAGUGUUUGUUCAUGGCUCAACUGACCCUUGGCAUGCCCUUGGCAUCAUUAAGACAAUUCACAAGGACUCUCCAGCUAUCUACAUCAAAGAUACUGCCCAUUGUGCUGUCAUGUACCCGAGCAGGAAAACUGAUCUACCUCAACUGAAGGCAGCUCGGAAAACAAUUCGAUCCCUUGUAGCUAAAUGGUUGAAAGAGGAUAAUUAAAAUUUGCCUGUGAUAAUAAGUAAGGCUAAUAAUUAUUUAUUAAGUAAUUUCUUAUCAUUUGUACAUAAACAUAUGUGUAUGCCAAUGAACAAUAGAAAUAAAUUAUUUUCAAGAAAA